ACAGUCUAUGGCAUGGGCCAUUUUCCACCGCUAUAAAGGUCAGUUGUAAAAUGGCCCGACCUAGUAACCUACAUGCAUAUUUCUCUGUAAUUAAUUAAAAUUGAUGAUUAAAGAUGGCAUGACACUCUAGCUCACAUCAAUAGCUACACAGUAGUGUCAGUCUGUCUUUUGUCACCCACACCAAUAUGGAACAACAUCAAGGUGAAGAAUUUGGUGCUGAAAUUCAACAACAUCGAAAUAUAUUAGAGGGUAUAUGUCGAGUCUGUGCAAAGAAAAUAGUUACUAAAACCAAAAAGGAAACGUUUUCAAGGGAGUUAUUAGUCUUGUAUAAUAUCAACAUAAUAGAGGAUAAUCCACUUGUCCACCCUCCUUUCCUUUGCACAAGCCAUAGGUGCAGUUUAAGAAGACAGAAAGAAAAGUCUGCACACAACCAACCGUACUCAACAAAAAAUGCAGAUUUGUUUAACUUUCAACCACAUCACAAUGAUAAUUGUACUGUAUGUAUACUUCAGAAAGAAAGGCAAUAUGUAGAACAAGAUAAUAAUACCCAUGCAAAGAGAAAACGUCUAGAUCCUAUAGAACUAAAAACCCUAAUCGAUGCCUUCUUGUUAAAGCCUGAAUAUGAUCGUAUUGCCUUUUUUGAGGCAGUUAUACCAAAACUGUCAAAAACAGAGAAAAACAGAUUCAUAGAAAUAUUUGCAAGAAAUGAUGACUUGUCACCAGUGUAUGAUGAGAUGAAAAAAAUGUACAAAUCUUUAGAGGAAAUGAAGACAUUUUCAAGUGAAUCCCUAGUAAAUUCAAUGAAUGACAUUUCUAUUGUAUCAUACUGCAAAGGACUUGUACCCCAAGAUCGUUAUUCUGCCCCCAAAAUAGUUAUAAUUUUGGAAAGUCUGUUGUCAAUGACAUACCAUCAAUUUAUAGGCCCUUUGUCAUUUUUGACAAAUCUGAAUCUCCAAAGUGUCAAUGUCAGUCCAAAAUGUGCAGAUAUUCUGGGAUCAGUAAUACCGUCUGGCAAGAGAAAAACACUUGGAAAUUGGUUUGACAUUCAAGCGAAAAAUCCACCUAUUUUUCCAUCAGGAGAUGUCAUUGUUACAUUUGACAAUGAACAAAUUAUUGGAAAAUCUUGGAGCAUAUCCCACAUGAAUAAAGCUAAAGUGUCUGUCAUCACAAAUAAAACAGCUGCUGUAAUUGAGUCCAACAAAAGUAUUCAAGAGAGGAAAGAUUUGAAGCCAAAAUAUUGGUUAAAGAUUGAGGGAAAUGAAUCAGCUGUCAGUUCUAUGACACAGGACAAUGAAUCUGAAAGCACAACUAAAUAUUUAGAGAUACACCAUCAAGAGCAACAUCUUUACAUCAACACAUUUCUCUCUGACAUCACCAAGGAAAGCAAAACCAGAGAUGAUAUAGACAAUAAGGUUCAACAAAAUGUGAGACAAAGACUGUUCAAAACAUGUACAAACUGUAAUUACUUAAAUGAUAAAACAAAGAGAAAAUGUAAGGAAUGUCACGCUCCACUCACUCCACUCGUUCCGCUGACCCCUACCAAUAUUGACAAACAACAAAACAGAAAUAAAAUUGCUCAGAAUAAAAUCAUUAAAGAAAAUGAUGACUCUGAAAUGUACAGUCACAUAAAAAGUAACCACACAAGAACAGACCGUCCAGCAAUGAUGGACCCAACUAUGGUGAAUCCAAAUAGUUACGCAUCUCUUGAAGCUGUAAUGAGGGACAUUGGAAAGGAAGCUGGUAUCGAACGAUAUGGAGGCUCCAUUCGACACUGGCUUAGUGUUUGCUGUGAUGGGCUCCCAUUUUCCCUAUUGAUAAAUAUGAUUUUUGAUCAUAUUACUUGUCAGUCAUGCAAUAAAACCAUAAUAGGUGAAGAUGAAUUCAAAAUCCACUUAGAAACCGAGCAUCCUAUUGAUGAACCAAAGUACUACAGAGAGUUCGACUGGGUCCUACUUAUACCGGGAGACGGACAUUACGAAAUGAAUUUGGUAAAAUCAUACGUCGAACUAAUGUGGGAAGUCUGCUACAAGGAACUGGUAAGGAUGCUAGGAUGGCGCUCAGAUGCUGCACUUGUAAGUGCCAAGAAGUGCAGAGACUACCAUAAGGCGUGGCAAACCCUUAUAGUAUUCAUUGCUGGAACAUUAAAGGAAAUGUUGACUACGUACAACAGAAGUCCAGUUGGUGCCGACAGUCAGAACACAACUAGUGAGGGGUUUGUCAUGUUCUGUAAACAACAUAGAAAUCCAACCAUUCGAUUUAUGUUUGAUAUGGUUUGUGAGCUGGGAAUCGGAAUCCUUAAUCUCAGAGCAGGCAUCAGACGAAAUAACUGCAAUGUCAUUAUGUCAGCCAAACGCACAACACGAAGUUUAUUUCAUGGACGAAACCAUCCAAAGUACCAAACAAUAGAAAUAUUUGAAAACUUCCAAUAUCUUUGUAUGCCAGAUGAGGUAAGGAAACUCAUAGAUGAGAACAGAUCAUUAUCCAAGUCAGGACAUAAAUCAAAGGGUCAGGCCUGGGACUUUAUUCUUGAAGAGGACAACCAGGAGGUGAAGAAAUGGGUAAAUAGGGGUGUACCAUCUGAGCACAUGUGGAGGAAGAUAUGUCGAAAUGUUGAUGGCUUGGACAAAAUAAAACAGAAUUUUCAAGAAAGCCUAAUGAUUGACGGAGCAAAUGAGGAUCUACGGUAUGGAAAGCUAGAUGACGCUGUUGAGGAGUGGAGAUGUAUAUUGAGGGAAAAGGAGUUCUUCAAUGAAGAGAACACCAAACUAGUUUCACUCUCUGGGGAAGAAUUGGACUCUCAACUAGAAGACUUCAUUGAACUUUCAGAAAAAAAACGUUCAAAUCGAAUUCUCGAAAAACUUGAAAAGGGAAAGCCUUGUGAGGAAAAUUGGGAUCAUCCUGUACAUGUCACAAAGGAUGAGAGGGAAGAGUUUACAUCAUUUGAGAAUAAAACUGUUAACGAAAUAGAUAUGCUGAUAUUAGACACUAUCACUUCCCUACCAGAUGAGCUACAGCCUGAAUAUUGUACAACAUUCAAGAAAACAAUUAUGAACAAGCCAAAACAGAAACACAUUGAAUUUUUCAACAGAACAGCAGUGAAAUUCAAGAUCUCCUUGUUGAAGGUCUUGAGAACUGACCCUGGAAUGGAACAUCGCAGUGCAUCAUCCUUUAUGAACCGUCUAAUGAUAGCGAGUAUGGGUAUAAAUCCUGAUGCUGUUUCAACAACUCCCUUGUCUAUGCAUUCUGUUCCUGAUGUAGCCAUGCCCGAAGAUGCCCCCUUGACACCGCCUUCAGCAGUCCAAACCAUCCCGUCCAUAGACAAACGAGGUAUAAAUCCUGAUGCUGUUUCAACAACUCCCUUGUCUAUGCAUACUUUUCCUGAUGUUGCCAUGCCCGAAGAUGCCCCCUUGACACCGCCCUCAGCAGUCCAAACCACUCAGUCAGAAGACAAACAAGGACCAGUAAAAAGAAUGAGAACUGCGUCUGGGAUUGCGGCCAGAAUGACACCUACGCAAGAUGACAGGGAACGGUAUAGAAACUGGUGCCGACAAAGAGAUGACAGGAUAAGAACAAUUAAAAAUAAACUAGAGGAGAUCCGUGUCAAAUAUGGAUGUGAAUACAUACUAGGGAUUAAGUUUAAGGAUGAACUAUUGGAUUUAGAGGGAGAUGAAGAUAUGAAAAAGAUUAUAGAUGAAAAAUUCUGGAAUAAAGGGAAUGGUCAGUCAAAAAAUAAACGUCUAAAUCAAUCUGGAAUCAAAGUUGUUCUGCCCGAUGGGUACAUCUUGCCAAAAACACCUUCUAAAAGUAACUCAAGUAAAACACCAUGCACCACUAUUGAGCCUGAUACAUCACCUGCUGUUCCUUCAGGCUCGUUUCCAAACUUACGGCGCUCAUUGAACAAACCAAAUGCUAGUGGUGUACGUGUCAGGCUAGAUGCUGUUUUAAAGGACAAACCAUGAUUUGGAUUAAGUGCGAAAGGAACAGUAUAUCAAUAAAUAUUGUCAUAAACUUUAACAAUUGUUUAUUUUAUAUCUGCAUAAAUGACAUGAAAAUCUUAACAGUAAUGGAAUGGAGCAAUUAUAGUGAUGAAAAGUCCUUGUUAAACUUUGUUAAAGUUGAAAUUCAAAUGUAGGAUUUGGUCCUAGAUUCUUUUUCACUAGUUCAUCGAAUCUCCUUAAAUUGACUGGCGUCUUGAGUAGAAACUCAUAUGAACAUUUCAGCUCUGGUCCCCCUCCUUCUAUAUCACGACCUCCAGCUGCUGCACCCCUCGAGAAUGAUGUGUUGCCAUUAACCUGAAUCUCAGUCUCAUAUGUGCUAAAAAUACAUUAUUCAAAGUUUUCAAACUUUUGGAGAUAUUUUAUUUUCACAUUGGUGAUUUGCAUGCAAGUCAGGAAGUAUCAGAUUUAAAUGGUAAAAACUUAACCAGUUAAUCCAAUUUUGAAUUGAUAAGUGUAAAAAACUAUUUUUCUAUUUUCAAGGUUAGCUUUUUAGUGAAAUUACUUUGUGUAACAUCAGGCAUGAACAAUUCAAUUACAUACUAAUACUGAUAAUUGAACGAAAGUACAACAGUUCCACCCUCAAAUUCAACAGAUCAGCAUAAAUCCUGAAUGAAAAACACUCACCAUGUUAUACUCUCUGUCAUUCCAAUAUCAAGGAUUUCUGCAAAAAGUCGGCAAAGAUUGGCAGGGACUCUUCCCACAGUCUUUCCUGAAAUAUUACAAAUAUUUCUAAAUAUAUAUAUAUAUAUAUAUACCGUACAGAUAUAUGAGCAAUGCAGUGAUCUCCCAAGCAUAAAAGCAAGUGGGCACAGCACCCACUACUGAAAAUCCAUUUGUACCCAUUUGAAAAUAAGAAAAAUCAUGAAAAAUUGGCAUA